AUAAUGGUGGAUCCGUGUAUUUUGUUAUUACUGAUUAUUACGUGUAUACGAUAAUGGCUAUUUGUACGUUAGCACGUAAAUGCACGAGGCGUUGGUUGUAUUUUAAAAGAUGCUCCAGUUGAGACGCGUCGUAAUUGCGAAACGACGCGCGUAACGUGAGACUGAACGUCAACCCGAAACAUUUGUGUCACAACGGAGUAAAUAGUGAUAUUACGUAUCUGCACGCGCCUACUUACAUCCACCUACCUACCUAACCGAAUUCUUCGACGUUACGUUAUCAUCCUUUCGUAUGUCCUUUCGCUGCGAACGGGAAAAAUGAAUCGCAGGUUUACCAAGAGACACAGACGAGCCAGGAGACAUUUUUGAUAACGUUUCUUAUUUCUUCUUUAUAAUGUAAGAUAGAUUAACGCUGGUGAUCGUGCUGUACGUGCGUUAUUUGUGUGCCUGACGGAGAGUAUACCGAUUGUUAUUCAUCAUGGUGCAUAUACCGAGCGCAUACACCUACAACUUCUGGUCGGAGAAGCCAGAGCCUGCAGUGGUGGAGCUUACGUUCCUGAUGCCAAAUGGUGUUGUCAUACCAGUAGAAAUCAAUCGCAAUAGUACUGUGACAGAGAUUAAGGAGGAACUCUGGGAGGAGGCUAGUAAAUAUCCCCUCCAUGGGACAUUGAAAGAUGCACCAUCGUAUGUGUUCUCAUGCAUCAAUUCGAAUGCGGAGGUAGAAGAAUUGCGCGAUGAAACAAGACGUCUCUGUGAUAUAAGGCCCUUUUGUGCGAUAUUAAAAGUUAUAGAACGUGAGGGUAUAAAGAGCGAUAGGAAUUUAGAUUCGCAAAUUGGCCUCUUGAUCGGCAAAGGCUUGCACGAAUUCGCUGCCUUAAAGAAUUCUGAAGUCAAUGACUUCAGAUGGAAAAUGCGUCUCUUGGGAGACGAGAUGGCUUUAGAUAGACAGAAGAAAUCUUGGGUGGAGAAAGUGCAUUAUCAAUUUCCGUCGAGGAUAGCACCGACGCCUGCUGUACCUAAGAAUAUCGAGAGUCAUUUAAAGGACGGGAAUAUCGUUCUCGUCACGAUCAAAUUCGAAAAUUCCGAUACAGCGUUCACUUUUCAAAUACCGCACACCACCACACCGUAUCAAUUGCUCGGACUGAUCCUGAACAAAAGGGCGAAUACUCUUAAUACUCGCGGUGAACACCCCAACGACUUUACGCUUAAAGUUUGCGGACAAGAGGAAUACUUGAUCGGCGAACUUCCGCUUAUACAGUUUAGUUAUAUUCAAGAUUGUCUAGCGAAAGACAUCACACCGACGCUGGUUACGCUCAGCAUACAGAGCAUAGCCGUGGACCAAGAGAACGUCUUCGACAAUCCAGAUGCAGACACGUUGCAGCGCACGAGACCGUCUUUUUCUACACUUACGUUGCGCAAAAAGGGCAAGCAUAUCUCAGCGUGGAAAAUCGACGAUCCCUUCUUUUUCACUGUAAAUGGAAUUUCUCGACUUAACUGUGACGCCGCUCAUCGUACUGUAGAGAUCGGACUGCAAGCCGGCCUUUUUCACGGUGGAAAGUCUCUUUGUGAAAGUAAAAAAACCAGAGAAAUUGUCGUGAGCUCCGAUGGCAGUUGCGAGUGGGAAGAAGUUCUCAGAUUCGACAUUAAAGUACGAGACAUACCGCGGAUGGCGCGAUUGUGUUUCGUAUUGUACGAAAUCAGCAAGACUGCGAAAGGUUUGAAGAGCAGAAAAUUGGUCAAGGAUUCAAAGCAGGAAUUUUUCAUCAAUCCUCUAUGCUGGGCAAACACGACAAUAUACGACUUCAAGUGCCAGUUGAAAACUGGAGCGAUGACGUUAUAUACGUGGACAUACGCGGAGGAUAUGCAAAACGACGAUUUGCUGCAUCCACUCGGGACAGUAGUUUCCAACCCGCACAUAGACAGAGCAGCUGCUCUCAUGCUGACGUUUCCAAAUUACGGAAAAGACAAGUGCGUACUGUAUCCCACGCUAGAGAAGAUGGUCGAAUACGCCCGAAAGCUGCGAGAAUCGUCCAACGAGCGCUCAAUCGUAGAGGAAUUGAAUAAAGAUGACGUCAGUCAGCAACAGUUGGAACAGUUGAGAUUACUGGCCGACAGAGAUCCGCUGCAUGAGUUGCACGAACAGGAAAAAAAGAUUAUGUGGUCGUUGAGACAUCAUUGUCUCCGUGAGAUCCCAACGCUUUUAGCCAAGCUGUUGCAAUGCGUGGAGUGGAACGAUCACAGAGAGGUCGCAGAGGCGAUGGCGCUUAUACAACAGUGGCCGACGUUGCCAGUGGAGAAAGCUCUGGAGUUGUUGGACUACGCUUACGCUGAUCAGAAUGUUAGGAACUUCGCGGUUGGCUGUCUAUAUAACGUCACUGACGACGAUCUUAGUCUUUACCUGUUGCAGUUGGCUCAAGCCUUGAAGCAUGAGAAUUACUUGGCGUGUGACUUGACGGAAUUCCUUUUAAGACGUGCACUCAAAAAUCAGAGGAUAGGACAUUUCCUAUUCUGGCAUCUCAGGUCAGAGAUGCAAGUUGGUGCAGUGUCCGUCCGUUUCGGUCUCAUAUUAGAGGCGUACUGCAGAGGAAGUCAACAGCACAUGCGAUCAUUGUUCAAACAGAUGAAAUGUCUGGACAAGUUGAGGAACGCCUCGGAACAAGCGAAGCAGAGGAAGGAUCGUAAGGCGGCUCUUCAGGGUUUCCAAGAUUUCAUUCAGGAACCACACUGCCAAGAAGCAUUAUCCGACAUCCUCAAUCCCCUCGACCCGAGCUUCAGGUGGAAUCGCAUCAAAAUUGAGAAGUGUAGAGUAAUGGACAGUAAGAUGCGGCCGCUCUGGUUAGUCUUCGAGAACAGCGACCCCUUCGGUGACGAUAUCUACUUAAUUUUCAAGCACGGUGACGACCUGAGGCAGGACAUGCUGACGCUCCAGAUGCUACGCAUCAUGGACAAGCUGUGGAAGAAGGAAGGUUUGGACUUACGCAUGAAUCCGUACGGUUGCAUAUCUACGGAGAGCAGAGUCGGUAUGAUAGAAGUGGUGUUGAACGCGGAGACGAUCGCAAACAUUCAGAAAGAAAAGGGCACGUUCUCAGCGACGGCGGCCUUCAGGAGAGGCUCUCUAUUGGCAUGGCUGAAAGAUCACAAUCACUCGGAAGCGGCAUUGAACAAGGCUAUCGAGGAGUUCACGCUGAGCUGCGCCGGCUACAGCGUGGCGACCUACGUUCUCGGGAUAGCCGACAGGCAUUCCGACAACAUAAUGGUUAAAAAGACUGGACAACUGUUUCACGUCGACUUCGGUCAUAUCCUGGGCCACUUCAAGGAGAAAUUCGGAUUCAGGCGUGAGCGCGUGCCCUUCGUUCUAACCAAUGACUUCGUACACGUCAUAAAUAAAGGUCAGACGAAAAAGGGUCACGCGGUCGAAUUUCAAAGAUUUCAAAGUCACUGCGAGCAAGCCUUCCUCGUCCUGCGGCAACAUGGUGGACUUAUACUGUCUCUAUUCGCCAUGAUGAUAUCCACCGGACUGCCUGAACUCUCGUCGGAGAAAGAUCUGAAUUAUCUCAGGGACACUUUGGUCCUGGAGAUGUCAGAGAAUGAAGCACAAAAGCACUUUAGAAGUAAGUUCGACGAGGCCCUCUGCAACUCGUGGAAAACAUCGUUAAACUGGGCGUCGCACAACAUGGCCAAGAACAAUAAGACGACGUGAACACCAAUUCCGUAAUCGUACAGAUGCGAUAGAUUAAUUUCCGAUUUAAGGGUCUACGUACUCAUAGUUGCAGUCACGACGGGGUAUCGAACAUGUCGCAUUCUUACAAUGUCGAGACGCACGCUCAUGAGACGUUGAGCAGUUUGCCUGUAAAUAAGCGAGCCACGACAUAGCCGUGAGGCGAUUUGCGAUAGAACAAAAGCCGUCGUCGUUUUCGCUGCGACUAUUUCGUCGUCGAAGGGUGAAUCCGGCGGCCGUAACCAGUAUACUAUUAAGACUGCAUAAAGAAAAGAAACAAAAAGAAGCAAGCGAACGUCACUAGCGUCCAGCGGACGUCGCGUCUGCGGUGCUAUCGAGAGGUGAUCUAGAGAAUAGUAGCUCUAAUAUACAUGCGAUAGACUCGUACUCUUACUUUCUUUUUCUUUCCUCGGAGUUGUUUAGCCACGGGGCAAAAGCAGUCUAGGUGCCUACGUUCACAGUUAGUUACAUUUCUUAACGAUGAACGUACGGUACAUAUCAUCGUCUCCCACAAGACACGGCGCAUUAUCUUACCGUUUAAUUCGCUUGGUUCAAGACAGCGCUCGGAGGGCACACCGUCGACACGCAGUCAUUGUCUCGUUAACUUGCUCCUUCGUGAUCACUUGAGGUUGAACGAUACCGAUUCGCCCGAAUGACACACACGGAAACGUAAGCAGCGAGCGGACUGACUUACCAAGCGCGCUCGAUCACUUUCGAUCACUUAGGAAGAAUAAUCGACUGUGUAAUCCAUCAAUUUGCUUGCUGCUUACAGUUUUUGCGUGUGCCACGGCCUUAAGACAUCUUCCAACGCUUCGAGAACCUGCAAUGAUGAACGCGCGGAGUAUCGUUAAGCCGUGAGAAUCUUACCACCCCCUUCGAACGGAGGUUGCUUGUACAAAUGAUGAAAUAAAAAAAGGAAACCGACCUAAAUUGGUAUCCUACGCCGUAGAUACUCUUGUCACACAUCACGUUUGCCGACCGAUCGACUCGUUGAGUGUACGAUGUAGAGUGGACGAACAGACUGCGCCGCGACGUUAUUUAAUGACUUGUAUUAGGCGACGAGGAAUUGGACGAUCGUUCUUUCAGUAGCGGGUAAUGUAUAACGCUUGAUUUUUCGCACACACCAUCAGCGAUGACAGUGUGAUAAUCCAAAGCAAUAUUUAUCUCGCGAAACUGCACGUGUGGUCGCGACAUCCUUCACCCCCGCUCCCCUCCGCCCCGCCCUGCCUCGAUAAAAGUAUCACCGUGUCGAGAACACGAUCGGCUUGGCGCGGCCUCGAUCAAAGUGACCGUUACUAAUUGCUCUCAUUGCGAACGAACGCGAUUAUUGUGCGAACACCUGUAAACUAAUGACCGACUCGUAUAUAGAUAUGCCUACCUUAAUCGAGAAUAUUUUUCUUACAUGACGUGUAUGUGUAUAUGUACGAAGGCUCAUUUUCUUAUUUAAUAGAGGAACAACAUUUCAUGCUAGUGACGUCGGGUGAUUUUCUAUCGUCGUUAUCGCGCGUGCUAUGCAAUUUUUUCGAUUACUAGCGAUAGUCGAAUUAUUAGUAGGGCCCACGAUAUAUAUAUAUAUAUGUAUGUAUGUAUAUGUAUGUAUAUGAUAUAUAUAUAUAUAUAUAUAUCAGCGAUAUGUUCUGCGCGCGAAAGAAACGGAGGAAUUUGCGCUUACGAAGGCGGGAGAAAAAGAAAAAUAACGACACUCUCGAUCGAACGUACGCGCGCUCACGUGUAAGAUAAGGCAAUGAUCUCUAAUUACGCACUAUAUAGGAGAAGUAAACAACGUUGCAGACUGUGCGCCAACGCUGCAUUCAUAUCAUCCUCUUACUGCGUCAUUCGUAUGUUAAAAAAAAAAGAAAGAAAGAAAGAGAACGGAAUGGAAUUCGCGUUUUCGCGGUGAAAGGACGCGAAAACUUUAUAUAUAAUAUUAUACAUAUAUACGUAUAUAUACUGUACACACACGUAUGUAUCCCCGUGGGGGAAAAGUCUCGUGCGGAUUUUUGUAUCUCGAGUCUUGCGCUCGAUUCUAUACGAUGCAGAUCCGUCAGACCCCACCGGCACGGAUAGGGCUGCGAAUGUCAACGGGGAACCGACGGAGAGAGGGACGUCGCGACACACACACACACACA